CGCGGCGGGCGGAGCGGGGCGGAGGCGCGGGCCGUGCCUGGCACCUGCGCGGCGGGGGGGGGCAGAGCCCGGGGCGGCGCUGGGCGCCUCACGGCACGGCCCGGCCCGCGGCGGCUCAUCCCCGAAGCUGGGGUGGCGGCGGCGGCGGCGCAACAGGUUGUCGGCGCAGAGCGGAGCGGCGCCCGGCUGUGCCCAUGGCCGGCCGCGGCCCCGCCGAGCAGGGCUACAUCCGCACCGUGCUGGGCCAGCAGAUCCUGGGGGAGCUGGACAGCUCCAGCCUGGCGCUGCCCUCCGAGGCCAGGCUCAAGCUCGCGGGCGGCCGGGCCAGGGAGGAGAAGGCGCUGCGGAUCCACCGGCAGGUCCAGCAGACGCUGGCCAGGAAGAGCCGUGGCUCCUUGUACAGCGGCAGUUUGCACCGUGCAUCCAGUGUUCCAGAGCGUGUCUAUAACAUGGGGAUUACUGAAAAUGAUUUUGUACCAAGAACUCCCUAUGGUUUUUCAUAUUACCAGUCAAACCAGGUGGCCUCACCAUCCUCUUAUACAAAUGGCUGGGGGACGAGGAUUACUUACAAGACAAUGGAAGAGAGAGCUCAAAGGCAGCCUCUGAAGAGACUAGAGGUUUCACCCCAACAAAGUCCUGAAAGACUGGCAUAUGUGUCCAAUGAUUUUCACUAUGAUGGAGGGAUUUCAACUGGAUUCUCCAUGAGGCAUGGAGAUAACAGGAGAUCCAGUGGGACUGUCCCACCAAGAUAUGCUCGGUCUGAGAUUGUUGGUUACACCCUUCAUGAUUCAGUGAACAGGGGACGUUCUUUUAAGAGACACUCCCACAUGGGGGCUGUGAAUGAUGCCAUCCUUAAUGGUGUCUACCCCAGCCCCACUGUACCUCUGUACCAUCAAGGAGGCAACAGUCACAGCAUGACCAACCUUUUGGAGAAAGAGAACUACCUAACCUCAGGCAGUGCAAUGGGACAAGUGAGAUCACCAAUUGCAUCACGUUUGGGGUCUCAGAACAGGCAAUCUUUAAGGUCCAGCUUGUACCAAACUACUUUCAGAAGCACACAGACCAGGAGGGAAGCUUCCCAGCCAGCUUCAAUAACCAGUGUCACUGCGGAAACAGAUGGGAAGAGGAUGCCAUUGACAGCUGCUGUGGCAGCAGCAGGGAGAAAUGGUUUCCUGCAGACUGAACAAGCCACUAUCAAUGGAUCUCAGCUAGGGAGCCCAGAAGGGGAGAUGACUCUGGAGCGUGCAGUAAGCAUACUGAAGAGUGAAAAUACACAGUCCACACAUAGGAUUCUUGCUGCAGUGACUUUCAUACAGCAUGAGUGCUUCCAGAAAGCAGAUGCCAGAAGAAAAGUUUUCUCCCUUGGUGGUAUCCCCAAACUUUUACAGCUUCUUGAUGUUCAGAAUGAGGACAUUCAGCGGGCAGCAUGUGGUGCUUUGAGAAAUUUGGUGUUUGAGGACAAUGACAACAAACUGGAAGUGUCAGAGCAGAAAGGGAUCCCGCUCUUGCUCCGCCUACUCCGACACACAAGGGAUGUAGAGACUAAAAAGCAAAUAACAGGUUUGUUGUGGAAUUUGUCUUCAAAUGACCAGCUGAAGCACCUGUUGAUUAGAGAAGCCCUGCAGACACUGACCGAAGCUGUUCUCAUCCCUUACUCGGGUUGGCCAGAUCGAGAUUACCCCAAGUCAAGUGUUCUACCUGACCCUGAUAUCUUCUACAAUGCCACAGGAUGCUUGAGAAACAUGAGCUCUGCUGGCCCAGAAGGAAGGAAAAAGAUGAGAGAAUGCAACGGAUUGAUUGAUUCUCUUGUGUAUUAUAUUCAAGGAGCUAUUGCAGACCAUGAGCCUAAUGACAAGGCCACAGAGAACUGUGUGUGCAUUCUUCACAAUCUUUCCUACCAGCUAGAGAUAGAGCUCCCUGAGAGCUUUGCCCAGAGCAUAUAUAUGCAAAGAAGAAAUAUUUCCAGCAAUGAUAAAACACCGGGCUGUUUUGGAACACGGAGCAGAAAAGUUAAAGAGAAGCAGCAGGAUACCCCGCUACCUGAGGAGAAGAGCAAUCCCAGAGGUGUUGAAUCGCUCUGGCAUUCCACACUGAUUAGGAUAUAUCUGUCCUUAAUAGCAAAAAGUACCAGAAACUAUACCCAGGAAGCAUCCCUGGGAGCUCUUCAGAACCUCACAGCUGGCACUGGACCAAUGCCAUUUGCAGUGGCCCGGACUGUUGUUCAGAAGGCAAAUGGCCUUCCAAGUAUUCGAACUAUGCUUCAUGUAAGCCACCCGACGGUAAAGAAGACAGCAGUCUCACUGCUCAGGAACUUGUCUCGCAACACCUCUCUUCAAAGCGAUAUAGCUAGAGAGGUUUUGCCUGAUUUGGUCUCAAUACUUCCUGAGUCUGUCCUGGUUUCUGAUAUUGUCUGUGAAACCACGGCAUCCAUCUGCUACACCUUGUUCAAUUUGACACAGAACAGUUCACACAAUGCACGGCUUCUCCUGAAUGCUGAUGGCCUACCAAAGAUUAUUACCAUCAGCAUGAAUGACAGUAACGUGUUCAGCAAAGCUAGUAGGGCUGCUUCAGUCCUCCUCUACUCCUUGUGGUCACAUACUGAUCUCCACAGCGCUUACAAAAAGGCUGACUUUAAGAAGGCAGAUUUCAUCAAUACCCGGACCACAAAAGCCUAUAACUCACUAAAAGAUUGAAUCACAGCAUACCACUGAAGACAAAUGAGAUCAUACGUCAGUUAACGUAACUAUCUUCACGCGAUUGGUGUUGCCAUCAUGAACCAGAAAGUAUCUCAGAAAAAAGAGGCUGAUUUUAUGUAAGACUUGAGUGACCAGAGGGUAGCUGUUUUAUGUUUUUAAUUCUAAUCACUGUGCUGUUACUGUAUAUAUCAACAUAAAAAUAACCAAAGAUGGAUUCUUCAGGAUGUCUAGGUGAAGGUUCAUCCAGGUUAGUUUUGUCAUUAAUCAGACCUUCAGAUGACUGCCUUUAGUCUAACAGACAUUUAUACAGAAAGGUUUGAAAUGCUGAUUGGCAGCAAAUUCUUUUCAGACUAUUUUAUACAGAUAGUUUUCUACAGUGGGUAAGCAUCAAGUACACUGCUCAGGAAGGACAUAGUAGUUUUUCACCCUUUUGUUUCUUCUCACACACUAAAUAAGAAUCUUCAGACUGUGAGUAUACACAAGAAGCUGUUUCACUACCUGCAUUAUAAAAGCACGAAUGAAGUUAAAAUUAUUAUUUUUGUAUUGAUUGUGUUCACAUGCUAACUGGUUCUUAAGCCUCUUUCCUUUGAGAUUUCAUCAGCAACAGCAAUAAAACUGAUUUUACAUAGG